UGCCAGAGUCAAAUUGAAGAGCAGCAAUAAACUUGCAAACAACUUAUAUUCCUUCAAGCGGCGUCGAUAAGAAAUGAGAACUGAUGUCAGAUCUGCCACCAGUCCAACCGUUAACAAUGAGCCUCAAAGUUACAAAUCCAGGAAGGAUUCCUGUCUGUCCCCAACUGCAUGUCACCCGGUCAAGGGUACCUUCCAGGUGACGAUGCCCAACAUGACGGAAGCAUGCGGAGAAGAGCACAAGAGCUACCAGCUGAAGAUCAUGGAGACAUCGUCGUCCAUCGUGCCAGUCAGCAGCGCCCACAUCUCCCUGGAGCAAGCAGUCAUCCUGGUCCUUGCCAUUGAGAAGUUCAAGGCGUUGGUGAAGCAGCGGCACCUGCCCGAGGACUGGAAGCAUGACGGUGCUUCCUUCACAGACUCAUACUUGCUGGGAGACUUCAACGCCGUCAUGGAAGAUGUUGACCCGUACAUCAUCCAUGACACCGCCGGGAGCUCCGCGUGCCGUUUCAGAUUCAUGCAGAGCGUCCAGCAACAUUUCAUGGACGACCGCAACCGCUCCCUCAUCCUCUCGGAGAAUCUCCAGCUUCUGGCCGUCUCCCUGCAGAGACCGGCCGACGCAGUUCAGUUGGAUGUGAGGUACUAUAAGUCAACAGGGACCAACACAGAACUGUUGCCCGUUGUUCUGGGCCUUAACAGAGAAAAUCUCUUCAUCACGUGCACGGGCCCACGAGAAAGACCCAAGUUGAAGAUUGAGAAGUGGGAGGAGAAUCUGCGGAACAUCAGCAGCACCACCGACCUGCUCCGUUUCAUGUUCUACAAGCGAGCUGGGAGCGCCGGCCUGUACUUUGAGCUGGAGUCAGCCAUGUACCGUGGUUGGUACAUCAGCACGUCGCAGAAAAAUGGCCAACCCAUUGAAAUGGACGUCAAGGGGAGCAACAAGAGGGUCACCAUCUUCACAGCUGAUUAAGGCCUUGACAGACCUGUGCCACGCUGCACCCCAGCACACACCCCCAAACAAAAACAAAAUGCGUGUUUUAGAAAUUCAAAAUCAGAAAAGAUUUGAUUUCGAGAGAGUAUUAUGUAUGUACUGAGUACAGAAUGUUCAAUCCGUUGCAAACAAAUGGAUUUACAGCCCUUAGCUGAUCAAGUUGUCACUUUGACAUGAAAUUGUAAAAGUCAAGUGAAAUGCCAGUGGCAAUAUUUGCUCUGCUUUCACAUUAAGUUGCGUCGGGAAAUUUGCAUGGGUUUAAUAUUUAAUAAUUUAUUGUAAUUGCUCAUUAUUAAUUAUUGUCUUUGCUAAUUUAUUGC